AUGAGUCUCAAAGGCGUGGGGAAGAGUAUAACUCGAGCCCCGCAACAAUUCAAGCAGCGCUUUAAUAUUGGUGACAAUACUAAAGAUGCCGUCUACAUUGAUGCAGAGAGACGCUUUCAGGAGCUGGAAAAGGAGACCAAGAAGCUGCAUGACGAGUCCAAGAAGUAUUUUGAGGCCAUCAAUGGCAUGUUGAAUCACCAGAUCGAAUUCUCAAAAGCCAUCCAGGAGAUCUACAAGCCCAUAUCCGGCCGUGUCUCCGAUCCCAACUCGCUCAUCCCCGAAGGAAACCCAGAAGGUAUCCGAGCUUGCGAAGAGUAUGAGUCCAUUGUGCGCGAGCUGCAGGCCACCCUGCAGCCGGAGUUGGAAAUGAUCGAGCAGCGCGUAAUCGCUCCCGCGGACCAGUUACUCGAGGUCAUUAAGGUCAUCCGCAAGAUCAACACCAAGCGCGAUCACAAACAGCUCGACUAUGACCGACACCGAGCCACUCUAAAAAAGUUGCAAGACAAGAAGGAAAAGACGCUCAAGGACGAAAAGGCUCUCUUCAAGGCGGAGAACGACGUCGAACAAGCCACGCAGGACUACGAAUAUUUCAACAAUCUGCUCAAGGAUGAACUACCAAAGCUUUUCGCGCUGGAAGCCGAAUUCAUCCGCCCUCUUUUCCAGUCCUUCUACUACAUGCAGCUCAACGUUUUUUACACCCUCCACGAAAAGAUGCAAGCCAUCAACAUUGGCUAUUUUAACCUCAAUCUGGACAUCGAGGAGGCAUUCGAGAUGAAACGGGGGGAUGUCCAGGAACGUGCAGAGGCGCUUUCGAUUGUCCAUUUCAAGAGCACGGGCGGCGUCAAACCUCGCGGCGUGUCGCGGUAUGGUCUGGGUCAUUCGAAGGCCAAGGAAGCAGAAGCAGGCAAAAGCUCUUAUGCGAGUCGGAGGACGAGUCAUCUCGAAGACGGCGUCGCCAACCCACCUCCGCCGUAUUCUCCGACCGGCUCGGCCAGUGCGCCAAGCAGUCCUGCGAUCGGAAGUCCUUCACUAAGUGCCGCAAUCGCAGCAAAGGGCAAACCUCCUCCACCCAAACCCAAACCGAGUCGUCUGAGUGGUGUGCCCAACGCCGAGACGUGCACGGCCUUGUAUGACUACGAGGCACAAGCGGAAGGAGAUCUCAGUUUCAUGACAGGAGAUGUCAUUGAGAUUGUGACAAGAACGUCGAAUGAGAACGAGUGGUGGAUCGGACGAGUCAACGGGCGAGAAGGACAGUUUCCUGGAAAUUAUGUGCGCCUGAAUUAG